UAGAGACCCUCACCUCCCUAUAAUUGUUCUCUUACAAAUAGGUUUCCCCUUGGGCACACAAACCCACCUGUACACUCCUUUUACCUGUUCGAUUCCAAAUCCUCUGCAAUUUCCUUCGUUUUCAUUACAAUUUUAAUUUUUUAUUUCCAUAUACCUAUAUAUAUAUAUAUAAUGUAUACAUUUAAUCAGUAGCACAAUUUUUCUGGGCUGUUACCUUUCACUUCAGAGGCAUCGAUUUCAAUUUCGUAAUUUCUAGGGUUAGGGUUUUCGAUUCAUUCGUCCUUGCGAUCGAUCGAUUGGGUGGGAGACAAUUAUGGGUGGGGAGGGCGAUUCCAGCGAGCCUAAAGUCAGUGGCGAAGGAGGAGAAGGAGGAGAGCAGAUUAACAUUCGAUGCUCGAAUGGUUCCAAGUUUUCGGUGAGGGCGAGCCUGGACUCGACUGUUGGGGCAUUCAAGGAAGUUUUGUCUCAGAAUUGCGAUAUUCCAGCUGAUCAGCAGAGGUUGAUUUACAAAGGUCGUAUUUUGAAGGACGACCAGACCCUCACUAGUUAUGGUCUGCAGGCAGAUCAUACUGUUCACAUGGUCCGUGCCUUUGCUGCACCUGCAUCAACCCCCGCUCCUCCUGCUGCUAAUGCUACUUCUGCUAGUCCUACAACUGCUCCAGGUGUUACUCGCGGUGUUGGUUCCACUGAGCGUGAGGGGCUUCAGACUCCUGACCUUGGGGCAUCUUUGUUGUUUGGGCAGGGUUUAAACCCACUCGGUGGUGGUGGAGGACAGGGGUUAUUUGGAGCUGGUCUUCCGGAAUUUGAACAAGUGCAGCAGCAACUGACUCAGAACCCGAACAUGAUGAGGGACAUAAUGAACAUGCCUGCCAUUCAGAGUUUGAUGAAUAACCCUGAUUUGAUGCGUGGCUUGAUUAUGAACAAUCCGCAAAUGCGUGAUAUCAUUGACCGGAACCCAGAGCUUGCACAUGUACUUAAUGAUCCUGGCAUUCUCCGACAGACAUUGGAAGCAGCAAGGAACCCUGAACUCAUGCGUGAGAUGAUGCGAAACACUGACAGGGCAAUGAGUAACAUUGAAUCUUCUCCUGAGGGAUUCAACAUGCUGAGGCGGAUGUAUGAAAACGUUCAGGAGCCAUUUUUGAAUGCUACAACUGGGAAUGCUGGAAAUGAUUUGGGUUCAAAUCCAUUUUCUGCUCUUUUGGCCAACCAGGGUGGGGCACAGGCCCGGGAUGGGUCUAACAACCCUUCAACCACUGGCUCAGAAACACCUGCAGGUUCUGUUGCUCCUAAUACAAACCCACUUCCUAACCCUUGGGGCGCUGCUGGUGGAGGAAAUCAGCCAAAUACUACCAGGACAAAUCCUGUUGGGGAUGGAAGGGCAGCCGGUAUUGCUGACCUGGGAGGUCUUGGUCUCCCCGGAAUGGAACAGAUGCUUGGUGGCAUGCCAGAUGCUAAUGCAAUGAAUCAGCUUUUGCAGAAUCCAGCGAUAUCACAAAUGAUGCAAAGCAUGCUUUCCAAUCCCCAGUACAUGAAUCAGAUUCUGAAUCCACAACUACGAGGAAUGGUUGAUUCAAAUCCUCAAUUUAGAGAAAUGAUGCAAAAUCCAGAGCUACUGCGGCAGUUAACAAACCCUGAAACAAUGCAGCAAAUGCUCGCGUUACAGCAGUCGCUAUUUUCAGGCAAUCGACAGCAACCAACUCAGGAUCCAACUCUCACUGGUGGUGCUACAGGUGCACCCAAUAAUGCUGGGUUGGAGAUGCUGAUGAACAUGUUUGGAGGUCUUGGAGCCGGCAGCUUGGCCGCUGCAAACCCUAAUGUACCACCGGAAGAGCUGUAUGAAAAUCAGCUAAGGCAGCUUCAAGAAAUGGGUUUCUUCGAUACCCAAGAGAAUAUCAGGGCAUUGCAAGCCACUUCUGGGAACGUCCACGCUGCGGUGGAGCGACUUUUAGGGAAUCCCGGGGCGUAACUUUACUCGGCUUCAUGUUUUUAUAUUUAUUCAAUUGGGAUUAUUUUUCUUGUGGACGUGUAAAAUUAGUAAAACUUGGAGUGAAGUCGUCUCAAGACACAAGACAUACAGGCACUUGUAGAUUACAUUUUGGGGGUGUGGAUAAGCAACAACACACACGAUGAUGAUACAGCCGUGAACUUGUGGCUAAGCUUACGCCUUGCCCCAACUGUUUACCUGCUUAUCCUACUCUCACUCAUGUUUGCUUGAAAAGUGCUUUGGUAUACAAAAGUGCUUUCUGGUUCAUGUAUACGUGCACAUUUUAAUUAAAUAAAUGGUUUCAAAUUUCAAUGC